CAGGGUACUGCAGAGUAAACAAAUCGUUAUCUGUGAAUGUUUUGUCGUUUAAAUAUCUUGCCUUGGUGGAUUUGUUUUUGUCUAAUCCGUUUUUUUCUACGUGAGAUAGAUGUUAUCAUUAGCAGAUGAUCAAUCCUGAUCGUUGGGUUUUUUUGAUCGUCGAGGCUAGGAGUGGAAAUGUCACAGAACGUCUGCAUCGUCGGGCUUUCCGAUCUUGGCAGGAGUCCGAGGUUCCAGUACCAUUGCAUUUCCCUGGCACGUGAAGGUUUCCAUGUCGACGUUGUCGCCUAUAAAGGUGCCAAGCCAAAAAAGGCACUGACAGACCACAAAAACGUCAACCUGAAAUAUCUACCAUCAGUUCCUGACUUAAAUAAAUAUUUCCCCAGGAUUUUAGCCUAUGGUUUUAAAGUGAUUUGGCAGAGCUUGACAUUAUUGUGUUGCCUACUGUUUAACAGAAGGCCUCAUUAUGUGCUAACGGAGACACCUCCUGCACUCCCAGUCUUUGCCAUUGUUUGGUUUUAUUGUUUAGUAGCAAGAUGUAAAUUUAUAAUCGACUGGCAUAACUAUGCUUAUUCGAUAAUGGCACUUACACUAGGAGAAGGGUCGCCGCUAGUUCAAAUUUCUUAUUGGUUUGAAUCCUUUUUUGGAAAGAAAGCUCAUGCUAAUUUUUGUGUAACAAGUGCGAUGAAAAACGAUCUAAAGAACCGAUGGGCAAUCGAGGCGGACGUUUUGUACGACAGAGCGCCAGAACAUUUCAGGAGGGCUACGGUUGAAGAGAAACACCGUUUAUUCACUCGCCUGGCUCAGUGCUACCCCGUCCUCGGAGGGCCUCUUCAUAAAACAGCUUUUACAGAAAUUAUCAACGGAGAAACAAGAUUGCAGCCUGAUCGUCCUGGCCUUCUUGUAUCAAGCACGAGCUGGACGGAAGAUGAAGAUUUCAACAUCCUACUGUCAGCACUUAUAGAGUAUGAUAAAUCUGAGAGGGAAAGUCUGCCGGUUCUGUUCUGCGUCAUAACAGGAAGAGGGCCGUUGAAAGAAUAUUAUACAGAAAUAAUACAAGGAACAGAAUGGAAUAGGGUUAAAAUACUUACUCCUUGGCUUGAAGAUGAAGAUUAUCCUUUACUCCUUGGUAGUGCAGAUCUUGGUGUUAGUCUUCACACGUCUUCGAGUGGUGUGGACCUUCCGAUGAAAGUGGUUGACAUGUACGGUUGUAGUCUUCCUGUUCUCGCAAUGGACUUUAAUUGUGUAAGCGAACUUGUAAGGCACGGGGAAAACGGCUACGUUUUCAAGGACCAACACGAACUCACGAACCAGUUGCUAGAUUGGUUCUCUAACUUCCCUGACAACGGCCGCCCAGAUUUACAAAAGAACAUUGAGAACUUUCAAAAAGUUCGUUGGCAUGAAAAUUGGGUCAGGCAUGCCUUACCCGUUUUUCAAAAAUGAAUAAUACAUUCCACAGGGGCAUAAUUUGAUUAAUUUUAACCCCCCCCCAAAAAAAAAAAAAAAAAAAA